AAUCAUCCAACAAGGUGGGCCAAAAGUAAAAAAUAAACAAAUAAAUAAAGAGAGAAAUUAUAUGUUCUGAAAAUCGGUGUUUUUGCGAGGUUGAGUCUGUUGACCGAGAUUACUUCAUCGGAAAUCCAGAAGCACAAAUCCAAGGGAGAAGACAGCGAGGAACACGUUACUCCUUCUCGCGCUGUCCGAGGAUUGCGUAGAUCCCCGAAACAACGAAGACCCACCUCCGCCCGACUUCGCCGGCCACCGCUCCGCGACUCUCCGGCGCCGCCCCGCCCGCCGUCGACGGCCGCUGGAAGCCGCGAACCCGGCCGGUUACAUUCGCAACUCAGCUCUUUUCUAUGAGCUGAUUGUGUUACUGGAUAGUACUCCAUGACUAGGUAAUGAAAGGAUUUUGUGAGAAAGCAGUUGCUUCAAAAUGUUUGUCUGAAAGUCCCUCUGAUACUUCAAAUACGAGUCAACCAUCGGUUUGCCCUGAGGCAGGAUACGUGGAUAGUAAGUCAUCCAGGAAUUCCUCAUGGUCAACCUUCUUUGGUUCCGCUUUCUCAAUCUUUGAUGCACAUUGCGAGUCCUCAGCUUGCCCAAGAAAGGCACUUCAUAGCAGACCAAAUGCUUGGACAACAGCUGUGAGAAAAGUUGUGACUGGUGGAUCAAUGAGGAGGAUUCAAGAGCGUGUUCUAGGUCAGGGUAGAACUGGCAUUUCUAACCCAACUAGUGAUAUAUGGCUUCUAGGUGUGUGCUACAAGAUAUCUCAGGACGAGUCUUCUGGUGAUGAAGUCCCUGGAUUGCCGGCAUUUGAGCAAGAUUUUUCUUCAAGAAUUAUAAUCACAUAUCGCAAAGGGUUUGAAGCUAUUGACUCAAACUAUACAAGUGAUGUAGGUUGGGGUUGCAUGCUUAGGAGUAGUCAGAUGCUUGUUGCUCAGGCAUUGCUGUUUCAUCAUCUGGGUAGGUCAUGGAGAAAAACCUCGUAUAAGCCAUGUGAACCGAAGUAUGCUGACAUCUUGCAUCUCUUUGGUGAUUCAAAUGCUUCUCCUUUCUCUAUCCACAAUCUUAUUCGAGCGGGAAAAGCUUAUGAUCUUGCGGCUGGGUCAUGGGUUGGUCCAUAUGCAACAUGCCGUUCAUGGGAGAGUCUGGUCCGCAGCAAGAGAGAGGCAGCUGACCUGGUGGAACGGGUUUUUCCCAUUGCCCUUUAUAUUGUUUCUGGUGAUGAAGAUGGGGAACGUGGUGGAGCUCCUGUUUUGUGCAUCGAGGAUGCAAGAAAAUGUUGUUUGGAAUUUUCGAGGGGUCAGGAUGAAUGGACACCUAUUCUUUUGUUGGUUCCCUUAGUUCUUGGUCUUGAAAAAGUUAAUCCCAGGUACAUUCCUUUGUUGCGCGCAACAUUUUCUUUUCCUCAGAGUCUUGGCAUCUUGGGUGGGAAACCUGGUGCAUCUACCUAUUUAAUUGGUGUGCAAGAUGACGAAGCUUUCUAUCUUGAUCCUCAUGACGUUCAGCCAGUAUGCUCCAUUAGUACAGAUAACUUAGACAGCGAUACCUCGUCAUACCACUGCAAUGUAAUAAGACGCAUACCACUGGACUCACUGGAUCCAUCGUUGGCAAUUGGUUUCUAUUGUCGCGACAAAGAUGAUUUCGAUGACUUCUGUUCUCGCGCAUCCAAGCUGGCAGAUGAUUCCAGCGGCGCUCCACUGUUUACGGUGGCUCAGACCCACAGCACACCGAAGCCGGUUGGCCACAGUGGAGAUUCGACCGAGGGUGGCAUUGUUGAAGGGAACAAUCCCUUUUCCGUGAUUCCCAUGGGUGAUGGUGAUGGGUCUGCAGGUGAAGACGAGUGGCAACUUCUUUGAGACAAUGGCGAUCAGUUGGAAAAGCUGGGCAGGCACUUUGUUGAACCCAAAUAGACGCGAAACGUUAGUAUCGGUGCCACGUCAAUGCCAACUUGUCGACAUAAUUAUCUGCAAGUCAUGUGCAAUUACUUGGGUUUGUUUAGUCCGUAACACUAGUAGGCACGGAGUACUUUUCUUCUCUGUCCUUUUCAUUAUAUACGGGUUUGUGUGGUCACCAUCUGGUUGUUAAGGUGUCAGGGACCGGGGUUGGACAAUAGGGGUGGAACAAGUCGAAAUUCUUUCUUGAUCUCUGUACAAAAACCUGUAUUCAUUUACAUUGAAUUAUUUUUUAGAUCAGUAGACUUUAUCAUGUGUA